CAACGUCAGGUCAUACACGACAACACCUGUUCCGCCACUCAAUGGGACACAACAUACGACUUCAUAGUUGUCGGGGGCGGCACUGCCGGUGCGAUUGUGGCCAACAAACUAAGUCUUAAUAAAUCAACCAGGGUGAUAGUGUUAGAGUCGGGCGGACCACAAAGUGCUCUUUAUAAUGAUAUACCGGCCAUGAAUCAUAAGGCUGUGGGUAUGACUGCACUCAAUUGGUAUUAUUAUUAUCAACCAAACAAAAACUAUGGCAAACAGUUUGCCGGUGGAAAAGUUCCUGAAAAUGCAGGCAAAACUCUAGGUGGAAGUUCAGCGCACAACGGCAUGGGCUUUAUACGGGGUAAUAGCAGGGAUUAUGACGAGUGGGCCAAUACGUACGGUGCCGUCGGUUGGAGUUAUAGGGAUGUGUUGCCGGUGUUCAGGGAGUGGGAGAACAAUACUAACCCUAUUAUAGUACACAACGAACCCGAAUAUCACGGCACUCGUGGACCCAUUCAGAUCUCUACACCAAACAACCCUGAUGCAAUACUUUUUAAAUAUUUUAAUGCAUUUAAUGAAUUGGGAUAUAAGGAAACCGACAUUAAUGGUCCGAAUCAGACGGGAUAUGCAAUAAGCCAAUCGUUCUUGGGACUGAGAACGGGAACGGGGAAUAUAUUUGUGGACCCGAACCCACAUCCGGAUAAUUUGCAAAUAGUUUGUAAAGCAUUGGUCACUAAAAUACUAUUCAAUGGGUUGACAGCCAUUGGCGUCGAGUUUAUAGUAAAUGACAUCUCGUAUACGGUUUACGCCAACAAAGAAGUCAUUGUUUCCGGCGGUGCCAUUCAAAGCCCGCAAUUAUUGCUGCUCUCAGGCAUUGGUCCUAAACAGCAUUUGAAACGCUUUAAAAUACCUGUUGUAUUGGACCUACCGGUGGGACUGAAUUUUCAAAAUCACCCUGUUGUUGAUCUACAUGCAGUACUGAAGCCCCAAUAUUUAUCAUUGAUUAACCCAAUACCUGAAAUAAAUGUUCACCAAUUGAGCCAGCUAUAUUAUAAUCGCGGCGGACAGUUGGCAUCGCUACCAUUGAUGACUUCAUAUUUGAACACACGUUCAAACCGAGACAAAGAGUGGCCAAACGUUGAGAUUCAAGUUCUGCGAGGAAAUACCCCUUCAAUUACUGCUUUAAUUAAUUUAGUGAAGUCUACGAGUGGGGGCACAAUAAUGUUGCAGUCAACUGAUCCCCUGUUGCCCCCACUAAUGGAUCCCAAUUGGUAUUCAAAUGCGGCAGACAAAGCGAACAUGUUAGAAGCGGUGACCAUCAUGUUUUACGUGCACGAACGAACACAACUUGCCCACUAUAUACAGCCAUUGCCACCAUUUUCGGCCAUCGGGUGUCCCGACUGUCCGGAUAAACAAUAUUUGUAUGAAUGUGUGGACGGAUUGAAGUGUUUUAUUAAGUAUAAUACGGUGACGGGCGGCCAUCCGUCGGGCACCUGUCGUAUGGGUGCGAUAGAGAGGCCGGAUGUUGUGGUCGACCCCCAAUUAAGGGUUAAGGGGGCGGCAAAUCUGAGGGUUUGCGACGCCUCUGUAUUUCCAGUUAUACCCAACGGUAACACCGCCUCCGCGGCGAUACUCGUCGGCUAUAAAUGCGCCCAAUUUAUUGAGCACUUUUAUAAUUUA